CAGCACUCCUUUGCAUCUACGCCUCGUUUCUUGUCAUUCAUUCUUUGAUAACCCACACUCACUUUAGACACAUCACAUUCAUUCGAAACAGCGACAAGAUGCCUUCUAUCAAGAACCUGCUCUACACUCUCCCAGCAGUACUGCCGGCAGUACUUGCUCGUCCACACAUCGACCGCCGCCAGACGGCUCAGACCAUCCCAGGCAAAUGGAUCGCUCGUAUUGAGGACAACGAAGUUCUCGAUACCGUGCUCUCCACCGUCUUCGACGCUGCCGGCGUACAGUCCACUGGAACUUACAGUGUCGGAAAUGUCAAAGGCUUCAACUUCGAUGGUGACGAUGCCAUCCUGGACAUCCUUCAAGAACUCGGCGCCAUCAAAUCCGUCGAGCCAGAUGUCAUGAUGCACGCCUACGUUCCACUCCACGUCCGGCAGUCACUUCACCACGUUCGACAAUUGCCUGGAAACGGAACUGGCAAUGGGACUUUUGUCACUCAGGAGGAUGCUCCAUGGGGUUUGAGCCGUAUUUCGCACAAGACGAAUGCUGGAAAUGGCAGCAGCUAUGUUUACGAUCGAUCGGCCGGAGAGGAUACUUUUAUUUAUAUCAUUGAUACUGGAAUUAAUACCGAGCAUGAGGAGUUUGAGGGAAGAGUGACUCUUGGUGAGAGUUUUAUUCGGGGCUCUGAGGGAGAGGAUGAUCAGGGACAUGGAACUCACUGUGCGGGAACCGCAGCGGGAACUACCUAUGGAGUUGCCAAGAAAGCCAACCUCAUUGCCGUGAAGGUUCUUGACUCCGAGGGAAGUGGAUCAAACAGCGGCGUGCUCCGUGGUAUUGACUGGGCUGUCCAACAUGCCACAGAGAACGGCCACCUCGACCGCGCUGUCCUCUCCAUGUCUCUCGGCGGAACCUUCUCUCAAACCACCAACGACGCCAUCGAGGAAGCCACCAACGCCGGCGCUUUCAUCACUGUCGCAGCUGGCAACGAAGGCGAAGAUGCCUCCAACAGCUCUCCCGCCUCCGCCCCCUCUGCCUGCACUGUCGGCGCCACCAACCUCCAAGACGCUCGCGCUGACUUCUCCAACUUCGGCGAAGCCCUCGACAUCUUUGCCCCAGGCGAGGACAUCACUUCCGCAUGGAUCGGAUCCUCUUCAGCACAGAACACCAUCUCCGGAACCAGCAUGGCCACCCCACACAUUGCUGGCCUUGCUGCUUACUUGAUCGCUUUGGAGGGACCGAAGAGCCCUGCCGCGCUGUGCGAGCGCAUUCAAGAGUUGGCUCAGAAGGAUAUCUUGGAGGAUGUUGGUGAUGGUUCGGUGAACCUUUUGGCAUACAAUGGUGCUGCCAACUAAGUGCUUACUACACGAUCGUGAGCUAGGAGGAUAUGAUGCUUUGGGCAGCUGCGGGACAGUAUGUGCUCGAUUUGGACAUUGAUGUAAUGACAACGACAGAACGUGGAUAUACGGAC